AUGGGUAAUAGUCCAACAAGCCACAAGUCACCAACCCACCCGGCCACAGGUCACCAACCGACCCGGCCACAGGUCACCAGCCCAACCCGGCCACAGGUCACCAACCGACCCGGCCACAGGUCACCAGCCCACCCGGCCACAGGUCACCAGCCGACCCGGCCACAGGUCACCAGCCGACCCGGCCACAGGUCACCAGCCGACCCGGCCACAGGUGACCAGCCCAGCCCGCCACAGGCAGACCAGCCCACCUGGCCACAGGUCACCAGCCCACUCCGGCCACAGGUCACCAGCCCACCCGGCCACAGGUCACCAGCCCACCCGCCACAGGUCAACAGCCCACCCUGCCACAGGUCACCAGCCCACCUGCUGCCAGGUCACCAGCCCACCCGGCCACAGGUCACUCAGCCCACUCCGCCACAGGUCAACAGAAGCCCACCCGGCUACAGGUCACCAACCACUGGCAGGUCACCAACCCACCCCGCCACAGGUCAACAACCCACCUGCCACAGGUCAACAACUCACCUGGCCACAGGUCAACAACCCACCUGCCAGGUCAUCACCAACCCACUCCGGCCAUUAGGUCACUAA